AUGCGGAGUCCAUUACGGACCAACCCUUCAUUGGCGCUCCUUCUUUUCCAACUGCUUCGGACGCUCUGCAACCCCAAAGCCAUUGAUGUGCUGCAAAGUCAGACGCAGCUGGAAGAACACCCACUCAACUUUUGCAAUAUGACCGAGCUGGCGGCCGAAAAUGGGCUGCAGAAGACGAGCAUGGGCCAGUUUAUGGGCUAUUCCUGUUCGCCCGAAUUUUAUCAUUGCCGUUGGCAGAGCGACGGGUUCCAUACUUACAAGAAGAAUUGUCGGAUCGGUAGGUUAAUCGGGGCGAAAAAGUUGGUUAGAAACAGUGAUUGCCACGGUCAAAAUUUCGGCUUCGGCUCUUAUUGUUAGCUCCCAUAGCCGGAGCCAAGGCCAAAUUGCAGCUCCGGCUCCGGCUCUCGGCUCCGUGCAAACGACCCCAAUUUCCGGUUCCGGCUCUGGCUCCCGGCUCGGAGCCGGAGCCGCUCAGAGCCAGAGCCAACUGCCGGCUCCGGAGCCGUGGCAAUCUCUUGGUUAGAAAGUCUUGACAAAAAGAAGUUAUUGCAUCUAUAAUAAAAAGUGACAUUUUUUGCAAUUUUUUUCAUAAUAAAAAUCACGCCUAUUUCUACCGUAGAGGGUGAUUUAUCCACAAAAAAAUCAAUGUUUUCCGCAUGAACCUGGCAAAGAUAUGGCCAAGAAAUUAUCUCUGUGCCACUCUCCGCAUUUCGGGUACUCUCUCGGUCGCAAAGCCCGUUAAAUUUGUCGGCUGUCGCUGCAAAGCGCGAGCUAAAAUUUUCAGCAAAUGAUAGGUGGCUCAUGUCCCACAUGAUUCAGAUUUUGUUGCAUGUGCUUUUCAGGACUUGUGUUCGACACUUUGGGAACCCAAAAUUGCAACUACGAUUACAACGUAAAGACUUGUGGGCUGCAGUCUGCACCAGGUAAGCCAAAAUUUUAUCCGAAAAAGCAUUUCCACUUGGACCACGCACGUCAAACUGAGAUAAGCUAAAACAGUCCGGUGAAUGGAUCGGCAACUUGGAUCGGAAAAAGAUGCGAAAAAACGUUCUGACGGGGAAGAAAUGGGGAAUUUUUGGGGCGAGAGAGUACGUUUUUGCGUGCCUUUUCUCUCUCUUUCUCUGCGAAGUCAAGACGAAGUGUAAAAAACCGAUAGCGAAGAGUAUAUUCCGGUCACCGGACUCCUCAGUUUGACGUGCCACGUCCCGACCUUGACGAAAUUCAGCAUGUCUUACGUCAACGGCUUACCGUUGCAAGGCGUUGUUAUCAGUCUGUCGGAAAAAUAAUGUGGAUUUUUCGCUGUCAAAUGUCUUGCCUCGUCGCAGUCGGGCCCUAAAUCGACAUCAGCUGCCACAAAGCGAUGAUGGGCCAAGGCGUGACAAUUCCACACUAUUUUCCCGACAGACCGAUAAUCUCUGGUCUGAAGACCAUUUCCAAUUCUCGCAGGGCCUUUGCAACUGUUAAUCUCCCCUUUAGAAGCCUGCACCAACGCCACGGACUUUGCUUGCCCCCUGUCCGAGACCUGCGUUCCGCUGGGACAACGGUGCGACGGCGCUUACGACUGCAUUUUGGAAGAGGAUGAACAGAAUUGCCGUAAGGAAUUCUGAUACCUUUGAAACCCUUCAGAGACGUAUUUUACAUUCGUUUUAAAUGAUUUUUAGCCAUGUGCAAGGCGGAGGAGUUCCCAUGCGUUAAGUCGGAGCAAUGCAUCCCAAUGACUGGAAGAUGUAAUGGGAUCAAGGAGUGUCGCGAUGGGACUGACGAAAUGGAUUGUGAAGGUGAGAUUUAGUCAUUGAAUUUUUUUAAAAAUUUCGGAAAAAUAAAUUUGAUAGCAAAUUACUGCUGGAAAAGCGGCUUUUCCUUUAUGCGGGUUCUGCAUAGCGCGGUUUUAAAACUUCGAAAAACAAUUUUUUUUCAAAGCACCUAAAAAAAUUUUUUUUGGAGAUACAAAAUAGAUUUUUUGAAUUUUUCCUUUAUGCGGUUUCUGCAUAACGCGAUUUUAAAAAAUCGUAAAAAUGAUCUUUUACCAAAUCCAGGAUAAAAAAGCGAUUUAUUAAAAUGGAAAAAUAGGAUUUUUUUAUUGUUUCUUUAUGUUUUUUCUGCAUAACGCGGUUUUAAAAUUUGAAAGAAUUUACUUUGUUUUCUUUUCUCGAUUUUUCGACGACCUAGAAACGAUCUUUCAGAAUGCCCCGCGGGAAAUUUCCUCUGCCGAAAGUCGAAUAAAUGCAUCCCCGCGAUCCAGCGCUGCGAUGGGACCAGCGAUUGUCCCCAAGGCGAGGACGAAUUGCUCUGCAAAAAAGACGCAAGUCAGAUGUAUGUGUGCGAAAAUCGGAAAGAUCAGGUGGCCCGGAACUUGGUUUGCGACGGAAAAGAGGAUUGUCCGGACGGCUCGGACGAGAAAUAUUGCCUGAGGCCAUCUUUGCCGGUGGCGCCGUAAGUGAAAUUUUUGACUUUUGUUAAAAACAUCAAGGCGAGAGAUGAUGUAAAUAGCUAUUUUACGGUUAUUUAGGCAUUUCAAAGCCAUUCUGAGCGAAAGAAGCUGAGUUCAAGCAUUCGUGGUGGGACCCAAAAAAAAAAUUUUUUUCGGGCUUUUUGCAUCUAAUAUACUAGUAAAUACUAUCAUGAUGUUAAAUAUAGUUUUUGUGAUGGCCAAUGUCAUCAAUUUUUGUCGUAAUGACCCAUUUUUUGGACGUUUGGUCGAAAUUUUUGGUCUCGCCACGAAAACUUUUUUAUUGAAUUUUAGUAUUCGAAAGGCUUUUUAUAGGUGAAAUAAAUCAUUUUAGUCUAUAUAAAGACUUUUGGGCUGUCCAAAACGACAUUAUUUUAUCAAAAAUCAAACUUUUUUCCCAUUUCCACCUAGUACAAUAUAAAAUGUGCCCCAUUUUUUAUAGUGAGAAGUCCGUCGAAGCGAAUGAACUGACUUCCACCGCAAUCUACGCCCCUCAAUCUUUGCCCAUCUCCCCGAUCGCGGCUUCCACACCGGCCCCCGUCUCCAUAAUGCCGCUUCCUUCGGUGGAUUCGCUGCGAAUCGCGGGGAAUCGACAGGUCGGAAAAGCGACCGCCUCCUUCCCUCGAGUCCAGUUCGGCGAAUCGAAAGCGAUUGACGCCUCCACAGAAGCUACUAGUCCCAUGCAAAGUCAGGAAGUGACCGAAGCCGGCGACGCCGAAGACAGUCUGCAUUCGAAGCCGACGGUUCAGAUGAAAAAGUACCGACUGCCCAAUGAGAAGCUGACCAGAGGCGAUUGCAAUGAGCCUUGCGCCCAGGACGAGGAGAUCCCUGUGUUUGUGGGACAGAAGGGACGGAAGACGUUCACUCCCACCACCUGGAGCUAUCGACAGGAAGCCGCGACCGCGCCGCAAAUCGCGGUCACGCAACCCAAUCAGACGCACGACCCGUUGCAAGCGUUGAGUGAUAAGUAUGGAGCGGAUAGAAAGUAGGUCAAAGAGGAGAGAUUGAGUGAUUUGAAGGGAAAUUUAACAGUAACGGGGGGUGUGACAUGUUGUACGAUGAAACUUUUUUUCAAAUUGAGAAAAAUUAGGUGUGACAUCUUAUACGAUGAAACUUUUUUUCAAACUGAAAAAACCAGGUGUGACAUGUUAUACGAUAGAAUUUUUUUUUCAAAUUAAAAAAAAUGAGGUGUGACAUCUUAUACGAUGAAACUUUUUCUUCAAAUUGGAAAACUUAGGUGUGACGUCUUAUACGAUGAAACUUGUUUUCAAAUUGAGAAAAAUGAGGUGUGACAUCUUAUACGAUGAAACUUUUUUUCGAAAAAAUGAGGUAUGACGUCUUAUACGAUGAAACUUUUUUUCGAAAAAAAUGAGGUGUGACAUCUCACACGAUAGAACGGGUAGAAAAAAAUAAAAACAUGAAACCUGCAUUUUUCAAUUUGAAAAAAAAGUUUCAUCGUAUAACAUGUCACACCUCAUUUUUUUCAAUUUUCAAAAUGAGGGGGAGUGUUCAAAAAGGGGCAGGGUUCAUUCAACAAAAAGGGGGAGAGUUCAGAAAAGGGGGAGAGUUCCGCCGCAACGCGGGAAAAUAAUGAGCUGUCGCAUCGAAAAUCGUAAUUCUGCCGAAAGAAUGGAUUGUGUCGCUGCAAAAUCAAAUUGCUUUUUACAGUGACGGAUAUAAUCCAGUGGCAAAAAACGUACCAUUUUUCAUCCGGGAAGUAUCAAAAAAUGUGGGAAAAUGCCUCCCUCUCCAAGUGAAAAAACUUCGUUUUGAAGGGACCUCACAAAAAGAGCGGGUGCGGUUUUGAAAUUGGAGUUUUUUCGCUUGGAGAGGGAGGCAUUUUGCUACAAUUUUGGAUACCUCCCGGAUACAAAAUGGUACUUUUUUUGCCACUGGAUCAGGUCUCCCACUGUAGACCAGGCACGCAAAAUUUCAGAAAAAUCGAAAGUUUCCGCCUCGAGCAAAUUGCUGCAUAAGUAAACUCCUAAAAGUGGCCAAUACAUAGAGUAGCGGUAAAAAGUUUAACACCAAUUUGAUGUGCGUAUAACAACUGGGUUGCCGUGUAAAUCAAACGCAUUAAAUCCUACUUUUUAUAUCCAAUACAGUGCGGAUUACAGCGAGUUGUUGCGGAAGAUCGAGAGGAUUUUGAAGAAUGAGAGCGAACCAACGGCGAGGACGUCGAAGACGAAUGCCGAGCCGUUCCAUCGGCUGAGUAAGACGUAAGUUUUUGAAACAGAAGGUGUUUUCCUAAUCGAUGAUUUAUAAAAUAAGCAAUCUGCAUCCGUUAAAGUGGACGUUGAAAAGUUUAAUUUUUAAUCUCGCAGCCUGCGCCCUACAUUUUUAUUAUAAAAAUCUUUAUUAAAGUGUAUUAUUGGAAAAGAAAAUCUUGGUGUUUUUGUGUUAGUGAAGCGGCGUCAAUUUUAAUAUUAUUUUAAACUCCUGAGGCUAUUUCUGAUUUGGCAGCCUGCGCCCUACGCCUUUUCAAAUUCGCAGGCCAUAAUGGGAAAUUUCAAUUUUUCGUAUUGUUGAAGCCAUAUAGCUGUUAAUUGGAGUAUUUUAAAAAGUUCUAAAGCAAUCUCGCAUUUAGUCAUCCUUUUUUAACAUUUGGCGGGCUGCGCCCUAGGAUUUGAAAAAAGACCAAAGAUGAGGAAAAUUAAGAAAAUUUUGGAAAAUAGUAAUUUUUCUGACAUUUGAACAUGCAAUGGAAGAGGUAGAAGCGUAAUAUAACGUAUUUAUAUACUUUUUUUUGUCAAACAUCAGAUGUCAAGUGCAAUAUAGAAAAUUAAAAAAUCUGAAAAAAAUCAAAAAAUCUAUAAAACAUCAAGGCGGGAAAUGCUGUAAAUCGCAAUUUUUACGGUUAUCUAUGCGUUUCAAAGCCAUUUCAAUAAAAAAUAGAGAAGUUCAAACAUUCGUGGUGGGACCAAAACACAAUUUUUUUUGUCGACUUUUUGCGUCUGACAUCUUUGUGAUUAUUAUCAUGAUGUUAGAUAUGCUUUUUUAUUGACCAAUGACAUCAAGUUUUGUCAUUAUGACCCAUUUUUCGGACAUCUGGCCGAAAUUUUUGGUCCCGCCACGAAAACUAACUAUUAAAAUAUAGAUGACUAAAAUUUUCUGACCUGAAUUUCCGGAGAUUUUGGAAAAGAAGAACAAUAAUUUAGCAAAAAAAAUUUUCUUUACCUUCUAAUUUUCCCCCCUCUAACCCCAACAGCUCUCGAUUACACUCCUACAGGCCGCUUUCAGGAUCACCGUCACGGGCCGACCCCACAAAUGGCAGCCCUCCCUGUCGACGAACAGCCAACGCCCCACCACGCCUCUUCCCUACCAUCGACGUCGCGCCCCAUUUCCCGAUGGCGCUGCCGCCGCCGCAUCGCCGUGUCCUCAUGUUUAAGGGCCUGCUGCUGUUCGCGUGGCUCCUCUCACGGCUCUGA